UUAUUGCGUUAUCAAUGUACUUUAGCAUCAAUUUUACCACAUCACGAUCAUUCGUAGAUGAUAUGUGGUCAGGGUCACAUCGAUUUAUCCGAUCAAACAUUACUUGUCGUACGAGAGGAGCAACAUGACUGUCAUGUUAGUGUCUCUGAUUCUCGGAGCACUUAUAGUCUUUUAUUUUUAUCUGACACGAAAUUAUAAGUACUGGCAAAAACGUGAAGUUCCAUAUGUAGAUGGAGCCUUGCCGGGAUUUGGUAACAUGUUAUCGGUAAUCUGCAUGAAGACGCACAUCGCCGAUUUCUAUUGCAAGAUCUACAAGGAUAAUAAGGAUCACAGCAUGGUCGGGAUCUAUAACUUUACAUCACCGGCAUUAAUGAUCAUCGAACCAGCACUAGUGAAAAUGGUGCUGCAAACCCAUUUUUCAAGUUUUGCUGAAAAUGCUGUUCAUAUUGAUAAAGAAUCAGACAGCCUUCUGUCAUAUAAUCCCUUCGGCCUUUCCGGUGAGAAGUGGUUAAAGAGCAGAAAGCGAUUGACAUACGCAUUUUCCAGCAUGCGACUAAAGAUCCUGCUUGAAAGUGUGAAAAAAGUGUGUGCGACAAUGGAGAAUUACAUGGACAAAAAGUUAAGCAACAAAGAGACAGAAUUCGAACUGAAGAGCUUAUUUUCCAAAUACUCCGCGCAGGUAGUAGCUGCUUCUGGCUUCGGCGUAGAUGGAUACUGCUUUGAUGAUGACAAAAAAGAUGUAUCUUUUAGAAAACUCGGACAAGCCAUCUUCAAACCGUCGAAACGAAGUAUAAUUGCAACAUUGGUUGCAGAACUCAUGGAACAAAGGAGAAAGGACGGAAUACCUAGAAACGACUUCCUCUAUUUGAUGGCUGAACUGGAGCGAACAGAAGGGGAUAAAUUCGAUAAUGAAAUGCUCACGGGUCAGGCAAUGUCAUUCGUUCUCGACGGCUACGAAACAUCUAGCAGUGUUAUGAGCUUCGUCGGAUUUUAUUUGGCUCGUUACCCAAAAAUACAAGAGAAAUUACGUGAGGAAGUAAUAUCUGUAUUCAACAAAUACAAUAGUGAAAUCACGUAUGAAGGUUUGAGGGAGAUGACAUACAUGGACCAGGUCAUUAAUGAAACGCUGAGAUUAAUACCCGCAGAAUUGUUGAUGAAGAAACGAUGCACGGAAGAAUUCGAAUUGAAAGGAUCCGAUGGAGUCGUUUGUCGCGUGUCACCUGGAAUGGAGAUUUUUAUACCAGUUCAAGCUCUCCACAAAGAUCCUCAAUAUUGGGAAAAUCCGGAAGAAUAUGAUCCUGAAAGAUUCAAUUUGGACAGGAAACAAAUCGAUAAAUUCACCUUUCUUCCAUUCGGCGAAGGCCCGCGAAUAUGUGUGGGUAUGAGAAUGGCCCAGCUGCAGAUGAAGGCAGGUUUGGCUAUGAUUGUGAGAAAAUACAAGCUAGAAUUAUCCCCAAAGACGCAAAUGCCUUUAAAGUUCAUUCCUGGCACCAUAUUACCAACACCUAAAUGCGGUGUAUGGGUCUAUUUUCGGCAGCUUUAAAUAUUUUCUUUUAAUUUUUAAUCAUUAUGUUUUUUUUAUAU